AUGAUUAAUGCAACAAUAUUAGAAGAGUUUGCUUUAAAAAAUGCGUGCAAUUAUUCCCACUUCAGAUUUGAAAAAGAAUUCAAGAAUAACCAUUUAAAUGCGAAAAAAAGAAACGAAAAAAAUGGAACGCAUGAAUGGGAAUAUCCUAGAAAAAUACUAAACGGAAAUGAUAACUCAGAAAAAUUGUUUUAUUGGUCAGAAAAUGAGAAUAAACUUUGCUACAUUGAAAACGAUUACAUUAAAAAAAAGUGUUCUUAUGGGCUCAUUUCUAAUAAAAAAAACAGGGAAAUUAAUUCAAUUAUAGAAAAUAUAAAACCAAUUAUUUGGCAUGAAACCUAUUUUUCAAAAUUGGGAAAAUGUACUAUGUUUAUUAGCCAAGGAGGUGAGCUAUAUUUCGUUAAUAAUAACGAAAACAAAAGAGUUAUAACGGAUAAAAUAAAAAAAGUCGUGAAUUUAAUCCCACUAAAGGAAGGCGUAAUAAUAGUUGGAUACAACGGAAUAGAAACAGGGUCAAUGAUAAACAUGGCUAUAUUGGGGCAUCCACUUGAACAACAAAUUGAUAUUACUUUAAAAAGUACAACUAAUUUAACUGAAAAGUGUAAUCAAUCAAUCUUUAAUAAGAUUGUAAUAUGGGGUUCAAUAGAAUUUCCAUUGAUAAUGGCUUAUGACCAAAUAAAAAAAAAUCACAGUAUAUAUGUUUAUAGUUAUAUUAACUUUGGCUCUUCGUUAGUUAUAGAAUCUAUUUGGGAAGAUUCUUCGAAAGAAAAAAUAGAAUUUGCCAAAUCAAUUUUUAUUUCCAGAACUAUCUUUGAGAAUAAAAUAUUAAUAUCUUACCGUAUCCCUUCUGUUUCAGAGCUAAAGCUGGUCAUUUUUCCUGAAUCCAAAUUUAAAGAUGUUUGUUACGGAAAAAACUCUAAUAUUGGGAGUCAAGAAAUAGUGGUGCAAACAAUACAAGAUGUUAGGGAUGCAGUACCGAUUACAUUUGGGCACCAACAAGAAAAACAUGAGUUAUUUGGCAUUAAUUAUUUAUAUGGGUUUAAUUAUCUUAAAUCAAGUAAGCUUUUUAACCAAGAAAAAUUCCAUGAUUUACCGACAUUUUUUUUGUUACUACUGAAUUCGGGAAUGCUUUUACUCUAUUCGGGUUCAAAGUUUAUUUUAAAUGUAGAAAUUAAACAUGAGCAUAUAGAAAAUCCUGAAUUAUUAAGUAUUAGCUCAGGAGUCUCAAAUAAUUUUGAUGUAUUGGUAAAAUUUAGAGAUAAUUAUAAAAAAGAAAACCAUUUGAUGGGUAUUAGAUGCUCAUUAAAACUACUCCCUGAAGAUUUUUUAGUCCAAAUAUUAACAAAUUUGUUGAUGAAAAUUACGAAUACAGAAUUUUCACUAAACCUAAUUAAAGAGAUUUUAAUAAGCAAACCUAAAGAACAUUGGAAUAUUUUGCGCAGAGCUCUAUUAGGUGAAUCUGAAUAUAUUAAUGAGCGAAGAUUAAAUACUUCAAACACGAGUUUAAAUAUUUCAAUUGAGUCUCCAAUGUCAAAUGGAGUAUACAAAAAGAUAAAAUUAUUUUCAGAUAAAGAUGUUCACCUAAACAAUAAAUCAAAAAAUUGGCAACAAUUAACAAAAUUUUGGGAAAAGUAUUUGGAGAAAAAUGGCAAAUCUCCAUUUGAUAGAAUUGAGUUUUCAAAUUUGAUAUCGAAGGGAAUAAUUCCUCAUGAAUUUUUAGAAAGUAAAAAACAAGAUUUUAUUAAUUUAAACCUUAAAUACCAGUCGUUAGAAUUUAAAACCACAAAUCAGUGCAUGUACAUUUUGCAUGCUCUAUAUGAAGAACUAGGUUUGUUACCACAAUUUAAUGCAUUUGGAAAUUACCAAAACCGAUUAAUGAAAGAUAUUUUAAUUCCUCUUUCAAAAAAACUAUGUUCAUCUAAUUAUUACGAAUAUUACCAAUUUUUGGAAUCUUCAUUUAAUUUCAUAAACGAAAUAAAAAAUAAUUCAAAUUAUUCAGAUUGGGACCUUCCUCCAAUAUUAUUGGACAAGAUAUAUUUUCUUACGAAAUUUUCAAAACUGAAUAGGGAAGAUAUCUAUUUCAAAAUAAUUAGUGAACAUUUUCCAUUGCAACACUUCACUAUAAAACUUUAUGAACAAUUAUUUAAUGGAUCUAAAAAUCGGGAAACAAUUGAUUUUAUUUCUAAAGCUGGAAUUACUAAUACUAUAUUACCCAUUUUAAGCCCAAUUAUUUCGUUUCCAAUAGAGAAAUUUCUUAAUUGUUACUCAAAUAAUGGACCAAACUUAAGUUUCGAUGAUAAAAAAUAUUUUUUGUUAGGAAGGCUUGACAUGUUAAGCUCUGCAAAAAACACAAACUUAUCUUACACUAAUAUUAGCUCGAAAACAACUAAAAACCAUUCUGAUAACCUUGCAGCAUCUGUUCUUCCGCAUGGAAGAAACACUGUAGAUGACCAAAAAAGCAUGUUAGAGAAUUUACAAGUUUAUUAUAAGAAUAAAAUGGACCCAUCUAGAAUAAUUUUAUCUGAAAAAAGAACAAUAAAAGAAAUAUGGAAAAACGAUCUAACAGAGUAUUCAGAUAUUGGCUCGUUUGAACUCUCCUAUAAAUGGUGCUUUCAAGUUUUCUCCUAUGACAACAGAUAUUGCGAUGCACUGGAGCUGUUAUCACUCAAUAAACCACCCCAAAUAUUAUUACAACGGUCUUCAGGCGCAUAUCCUAUUGAUGAAGAAUCUUGGGAUGAAUUUCAAAGGCAAAGAAUAGUGGAUGCGGUACAGUUAGUUUACACUAACUUGCUCGGUAGGGCAGCUUGCACAUUCGGUGGUUCCUCAUUUGAUAUUUCAUUGAAUAGACUAAAUCGCCCUGCACUUGUAAAUAAAAUCUAUGAAGUUGCGUCCAACUCUUUAAUAAGCGUUGAUAUAGAAAGAUUUAAAGAAGUUUGCUUUGAUAUAUCAAUAUGGAAUGAAUUUUAUAUGGGAGUUACUCAAUCCCUGAAUUAUUGCUGCCCAAACUCCAAAUUGGAAGAUAGUUUUCAUAAAAAUAAAAAACUGUGGAUAAUCGAGCAAUUGGACGCAUUCUCUUCUCAAGAUGACAUCCCAUUCAUAUCUGGUUUUUUGUACGGCAUUUCGUUGAAUGGAUUUUUCAAGGUGGAAAAAUUUGAUUCAAUAACAAACUUCCCUUUAAUUCUGGAACCCAGGGAGAUUUACAAAAUUCUAGAAAAUGAUGGCCAAUCAAUAAAAACUUGUUCAGUUUUGUUAGCAACGGCUGUUACUGCUCUUAAAACCCAAAACACCACAUUAUUAAGGCUUUAUUUAAUGCAUAUUCCCAGUAUACUCCCUAAUAUAUAUACAAAGUCUCUUCAAAUAUCAAGUAUAAAUCAAUACUCUGCGGUGAUUUCAAUUGGGCUUUUGUUUUCACAAAGUCGUAGUCGUCAGGUUGUAGAAAUCCUCUUUUCUGAGUUUCUUAGAGCAGUUUCUGAUAUUGACGACCAAGCAUCAAUUAAUCCGAAUCUAUACUCUAUAUCUGCAGCAAUUUCUCUUGGAAUGGUACUACAACCAAGUGAGGAGUCAAAUAAUAUAUCUUCUAAUACAAUGAUAGAAGAUGAUAUUACUAAUACUUUGUUAAGCUGUAUUUCUGGGAAUAAACUUCCUAAAUUCCUCUCAAAUCUUGCAUCUGGUCCAAACCUUGAACACUAUACGGAAUUCUCUGGACUUAAGAGAUUUAAAUACCAAAAUGAGAAUGUGGAUAGAGGAAAUAUCUCAAAAUCUAAUACCAAUUUAUCUUCAGAAACAAACAAGUUUUCUAAUUCUAGUAAAAACUACUGUUCUAAAAUUGUGGAUUCAACCAUACUAGGAAUCCCUGCAGCACUUUCUAUUUCGAUUAUGCAUAUAAGAAGUAAAAAUAAAUCUAUUUCAAAUUCAAUAACUAUACCGUUUAAUCGGCCAGAAGAACUGGUAAAUUAUAGACCAGAGACGCUUAUUUUUAUGUCUAUGGCAAAAAUUGUUAUUGAAUGGGAAGAAAGUUGUAUACCUAAUAAAGAAUUUAUCUGCAACCAAAUCCCUAGCUACCUUUGGUACCUCCCUUCAGACAAAAAUUUUCCAUUUCCUAUUACUUCAGAAAAAUAUUCAGGAGUUGAACCAAAGGUUAAUGAAAAGCUUAUGCAUUGUAUUUCGAUGGGAACUUUGGAUUGGAUUCAUUGCAUUCAAGCACGUAUUGCCAUUUUGUCUGGAGUUAUUUGGGGAUUAGGUAUAGUGUUUGCAGGGAAAAAGAAUGUUGAGGUUAAAUAUACAGUCACAACAAUACUCGAAUACAUUGAUAGAAUUCCUUUAAUACAGAUGCCUCUUAGUAUUGCAUCUACUAUUAAAGACAAAUCUAUUUGUAGUUCUCAUAUUACAAUUGACAGAUGGUCAAAGGAACUUUGUAUUAGAGUUUGCUUGACUACUGCGUCCCUAUGUUUUUCAGGAAGUGGUGAUAAACAAAUUUUGAUGCAAAUAAAGUACUUUAGAGCGCAAUUGUUAGAAUCUGCUCAGUUAUUAUGGACCAGUUCAACUGCUAUUUCACCAUUCAGCAUAUUUUCCAUACCACCGAUUGAACAUGUUCACAGUCAAUUAAUGGCCUAUAAUAACGCUCUCGGGUUUCUGUUCUUGUCUGCUGGUCAUUAUUCAUUUAGUAAUAAAGAUAAACUCGGAUCCACAUUUUUAUUAUUAGCAACUCACCCAAUAUAUCCCAAAGAUUCUUCUGAUAUUAGUACUCCAGGAAUUAUAUUCCAACCAUUGAGAUAUCUUUUUAUCACUGCGAUUAACUACGGUCGAAAGGUUGUUAUCCCAAAGCUCGUAAGUUGUUCUCCUGAACCUCUUAAUAGUUGUUGCAAUUUUAGUGGGAUUAUUUCAGAGGAAAAAAUAUAUGUUCCAAUUUCGGUCGAACUUAGAUCUGAAGAUAUCAAAUGCCAAAAUAAGACAGAAUACUAUAUUCUUCCUACUAUUUUACCCGAUUGGGAAGAAAUAAUCCAUUUUAAAGUAAUAGGAGAUGCAUACUGUCCUAUUUCAAUUGAUUUCAAUAAAGAUAAGAACACUCAUUGUUUUCAAAGACUUAUAGAUGGGCAGCUUUGGGUUCAAACUAGAAAAAGAAAUAAUGGCUAUUGUUGGAAUGAGGCGAAUCAUAUUAUUAAGCAUCUUAAAAGUAACCAAUUUCCUAAGAUUCAACUUUAUAGUUUUUCUGAUGAUCAAAUAUAUAAAAAACAAAUGCUUUAUAAAUAUUAUAGUUACAAUAAUAGAAUUAUAUUUAAUAAUUCCAAUACCUUCAACCAGUGCGAUGAAAUAAGCGAUUUAUAUACAAAUUUUUCACAUACUCUUGUGCUCGAAGAAAAUAAAUCAUUUGAUCAUAAUGUCUGUAAUCAAAAAAUUCCUAAUAGAAAAUUCAAUUGCUCUCCAUGGCGUGGAACUAUUUUAAGCAACUAUAUUGACCAAAUCCUUUCAACUUGGAAUAAAAUUAAUCAGGAUGGAAGCGGCUGCGAAAUUCUUUUAUCUUCAGAAAUUAUAAAGAUAUUAAGAAUCACACUUAAUCUAGAUAAUGACGGAAAAAUACAAACAAUACUUUUAAACAUUCAUCGUAGGUUACAAGCACAAAUGAGUGUUUUAAUCCGUUGUAUUAGAUAUUAUUACAGUGCACAUAAUGGAACAAGAAUACCCUCCUGCGAUGAGAAACAGUCACUGAGAUUAUUUCUUUCUCUAAAUGGUAUGCCCUUAGCUUCCCAUUUCAACUAUAUAGUGAAAACUAAAAUAGAAUCAAAUGCGAAAAUUAGCACUUUGCUUAGAGAGGAUUAUAACAAAUACGAAGAGAUCAUUAAUCCCAUACUAAUUCUGGAAUUCCCAACAUUAUCCUCUCUUGGGCUUCAAAUUCUAAAGGUUUUUAUAUAUGAAUACUACAUUAAGACACAAAAUGUGAGUUCACAAUCAAUAGAAGCUCAACAACAGAUCAAAUUAAUGCUUACUCGCAUAUUCUCAUCAAAAAACUACUUUUAA